AUGGGGUGUACUCUGAGCACGGGUGAUAAGGCGGCGCAGGAGCGCAGUAAAAUUAUCGACAGGAAUUUACGGGACGACGGGGAAAAAGCAGCACGGGAGGUCAAGCUGCUUCUGCUCGGUGAGACCAAGUCGGAGUGUCGAACGAAUGGUUGAAUGAAAAGUUAGCUAACUGGCUAACCUGACCUAGCUUGUGCCAUUUGGUUGCCUUGCUUAACUAGUUAGAUAACAGUUUUAUACAGUUGGUGUACAAGAGUUUGAUAGUGAUAACAUUGGAAACUUUAAUGAAUGAAAUUACAUUGAACAAAUCUAAAUAGCUAGGUAGCUAAUGUUAGCCUAGUCAUUAAUUCGCUAACUAGCUACUUAGCUAGUCCUGUUGGGAUAACAAGCUACUGGCCAUGCAGCUAGCUAAGCUAACUACUCCAUCCUUAGCUUUUAACUGGCUAACUAAUCUCUAGCUAUCUCAGGUGUCACGGCUAGCUAACCUUAGUCUCAAUAAUCAGGGCCCGGUUUCCCGAUAGCGAUUGAAUUUAGGUUUACGAGUGUUUUCACGAUGCAUCUUUCCUACAACGGCCGAAGAUGUAAUUGCGUUAACCAAUACACCACGCAGAGAAAUCGGUCGUUGGGCAUGUCUUUACUGAUAGGAUUGAAAGAAAGCCAGCGCUGCUCUCGGAUCAGCUUCCUCCAUUCAAAUAUUUCCUUAUUAUUUCACAAUACUAACGACGGAUCAUCUCCGAGAGUUAACCCAAUACAUUUAAUAAAUCACCGAUUUGGCACAUUGUGCAGAUGUUAGGCUACACAUCAUGAAAUAGGCAUAUAUUGAGACAAAUUACAAACAGUAGCCUACAGAAGAAAAUAUAACUCAAUUGAUUUAACAUUAAAUAUAUUUCGGUUUUCGUUUGAAGCAUAUGUUUAUACGUCGCUUGUUUAUCAGUUACAAAGGCAUCGGCAACUUUGUAUUGGUAGUCAACUAGUUCUCGGCGGCCACAGAGAUACGGAUAAACCAUGUGAUUCUAUGUUUAGCGGAGAUCUUCUGUGUAUAAAGUGACACGGGAGGGCAAGAAAGCAACUAACGACGCACUAAUGGUACUUUCAAGAAAACUGAGUGGGAACUUGGGGAAAAUCGAGGUCAAAUCAAAUCGUCCGUAAUCUUAAAGUCGGUGCUCUAGAAAGAGGCCGAAGUUUCCAACUUGGAAUUCCUAGUCGGAAGACCGUUCAAAACGAUUUUUCCCAGUUCGUUUUUUUUCCUUUCCGAGUUGUCUUGAACACACUGAAGUCGAAAGUCGGAGAUUUCCGAGCUCCCAGUUGUGUGAACGCGUAUUGGCUGUUCUAAUGCCUAGUUUACUAGUACAACACUAGUGAUGUAUUUCAUUACGCCGUACAUCUUCAGUCUUGCCUCGCUACUGAACGGACUAGUGUAGUGUUUCUAACGCAAGAUGGAGGAGAGCCUGACCAUUUAAUUCAAGACAGGAUAAAUGUAUUGUUCAGGUGACGAUAAACCCUGUUUUUGUUUAGAUACUUUUUCCUCAAUUUAUUUCUUUAACUUUAUAGGAGGUCAGGGUAGCUUGCACUGUAGAGCAGCUAGCUAUAAGCUAGGCUAUGUUGAAGAUACCGCAUUGUAUCUUAAGUUUAUUGUGAUGGAAAUGUCAUUUUGUUUUUGACGAUAAUUAUUAGGUAGAGGUCGCUAGCUACAAUGAUAUCUUCAACCUAGUUUAGCAUUUAGCUAGCUGGCUGCUCUGCAGUGCACGCUAGCUUGUCUUGCGAUAAAGUUUGAGAAACAAGUUGAGGAAAAAGUAACUAAACAAAACAUGUUUUAGUAUCACCUGAAACUAUAUAUUUAGCAUGUCUUGAUCGAAAAGGUCAUUUUGCAAUCUCCCAAAAUAAAUGCUUAUGGUGGGGAAAGACGGCGCAUCUCAGUAGGGCUGCACGAUAUGGGCAAAUAAUUUAGAUCAAAACGCUUGGGUGUACUGUUGGGAUCAUAUAAAUAAAAUUAGUAUUCCGAUUCUAUGGUUGGUGUUUGUCAUGACAACUAAUGAAAAAGCCAGGUACAGUAGAAGUUGUUGUGACAGGGUAAGAACCUAGUGUUAUCACGAUACCAGAAUUUUCACACCAUUUGCAUAGAAGUAGCUUAUUUAAUGUGUGCUGUCUCUUUAACCAGUAAUGGGUCAUUCACUAGGCAAGAGGGGAGCGGCUGCCUAAGCCCUAUUCAGACAGUCAGUUUUAAGUGAAUUAAUAAAAUGUUGGUGGCAAUCAGCUUUGAAAUCAGCAUAUUUUGAGUUAUGGUUUGUAUAUUAUCACAAAGUACUAGGAUAGUGAAUUGAUGUUAGCUUCAGCUGUAAGCUAGCAAGAAAAAUUGGCCUACAAAGCUGGAAGCUACCGUAUCUUCUUGGUUUGUAAAGUGUUCUAGCCUGUAUAGACAUUGUUUUGCGAACAGUAAUUAUAAGUUUCAACCUUUCUACAUGCCAUGUCACAUUAUUCAAUUGUGUUAACUUCUGUCCAGCUUGAGUGGGGAGCUAACAUGAUGCAGCCCAGACUCCCAGUGCAGGCUAAGUGCAGUAGGUACGGUACUUUUGCGCUAUAAGGGGGACAUCGGCUGUGCUGAUAGAUUUGAUCUGAAAGACCCAUUUGACAGAAGUACCGAAAGUAACAAAUUCUAGUACCUAACUGUUUUUUAUGUUCUAGUAACGAAAAAGUACGGAAGUUUUGGUGUACUGUGCAACAUAAGGUGUGGUAGCCAGAGUUUCGGUAUACAGUGCAACACUAGUGUAAUGUACGGUAGCCUUUAGCCUAUCAUAUGUAUUAGAUAAUGGCACAAUCAUUUGGGAUUUUUUGGGCUCAUAAAAUGUCGGAGUCCUUCUAACCCCUUUAAAACAGACUUCUGGGUUGUACCAUUUAGAUUCGUCGAUAACUAUUAGUUUGAAUGGUUUGAGGUACAAGGGGGGUGAAAGUCUUUAAUUAUUUUCUUCCUGGUACUAAUCAUAGAAUUACAUAUAGAAUCCCUAUUAAUUCAAUAGGAUCUCUUGUAGGCCUAGUCAUAAACAUUUGUCAUUUAGCUUUUAAAAUGUAUUACCUUUUUUACUGUUACAUAAAUGCAACCGGUCAUGUUUUCAUCCGAUUGUCAAACAAUCACCUCAAUGGACUCCUUUACUAGGCUACCCCGCGCACGUACAUCCACUCGCAAACUAUUUCCAGCCUCCAAAUAGUGGUGAAUGGAAAGAAACGUGUAAUAACAUUUGGCGAUUGUCAUUAGGCUAGAAUUUAUGCGUCCACUGCUGUCCGUGGGUCGGACACUCAUGCAACACCCUUCAGUGUUCUCGUCGAACCACAACGCAUUUUGGAGUGUUUGCUAUACCACCUGUUUUCAAGUCCAUUCGCUAAUUUUUCAUGCCUCUGACAUGCUGUAAUGAUAACAAGUGGUGUAAUAGGCUACAGUUCUCUUGACAUUUUGUGUUUUAAUUGUUGUGAUAGGCUCAUGUUUUACCGGUACCCCACUAUUUAUUUUGCCGGGAUGCCGUACUGGACCAUACUUCCUUAAUUUCCCCCCUGGGUAGGGCUGGGUGAUAUAUCAAAUUCAUUUGAGUUAAUGUUUUUGCACGAUAUUCUAAAUGCCUGUAUUGCAAGAAUCACAUUUUUUUAUUUACAUUUUUUAUGAGCGUUAAUGUCCGCUUGUUCUAGUGUUGUCUUUUUGGUCUUGUCUGCUUCGCACCUUCCCAUUUACACCAGAGAACUGUAUAUAAUGACGAGAUGCACGUCUCUGCCCUAACAAUAACAGAUUUUAGAGACUGAAACCUCUCUUCGCCUCUUCCUCUAUGGUUUACAAACACACCAAGCCCCUCCAUCUGCCACUCACAACAACAAAGGUGAGAUCACUUUUUCCUCAGACAAGCGGUUUCAACUCGCUAUUUGAGGUUUGGUCCAACAGAAUCGGUCAUAUGGACACUGAAACACAUUGAGACAUUAUUUUUUACUGUAAUACAGGAGAAGUUAACCUUUCUAACGAUACCCUUUUUAUGUGUCAACUACGCAUUUUCAUUGACUUGAAAGCCAGAUCUGUGAUUAUUGCAAAAAAAGCAGGUUAAACUAUUUUGCUAAAAUAAUUAGGAUAUUAGUGGGUCUUAUGGUUGUGGAAGCUUAUAUUUAGCCUAGGUCUAACUUCACAAGCCCUGAAUUCAUUCGAUUAUUGCGGACUGUUUGAAAUGCAGUGUAUUUGACCUUUAAUUGUACAACAAAACUUAUUCAGAGAACAUGAAAAAAAAUCUCUCUCUCUCUCUCUAUAUAUAUAUAUAUAUAUAUAUAUAUAUAUAUAUAUAUACAUACAUACAUACAUACAUACAUACAUACAUACAUACAUACAUACAUACAUACAUACAUACAUACAUACAUACAUACAUACAUACAUACAUACAUACAUACAUACAUACAUACACACACACACACAGUGGGGGGAAAAAAGUAUUUAGUCAGCCACCAAUUGUGCAAGUUCUCCCACUUAAAAAGAUGAGAGAGGCCUGUAAUUUUCAUCAUAGGUACACGUCAACUAUGACAGACAAAUUGAGAGAAAAAAUCCAGAAAUUCACAUUGUAGGAUUUUUAAUGAAUUUAUUUGCAAAUUAUGGUGGAAAAUAAGUAUUUGGUCAAUAACAAAAGUUUCUCAAUACUUUGUUAUAUACCCUUUGUUGGCAAUGACACAGGUCAAACGUUUUCUGUAAGUCUUCAAGGUUUUCACACACUGUUGCUGGUAUUUUGGCCCAUUCCUCCAUGCAGAUCUCCUCUAGAGCAGUGAUGUUUUGGGGCUGUCGCUGGGCAACACAGACUUUCAACUCCCUCCAAAGAUUUUCUAUGGGGUUGAGAUUUGGAGACUGGCUAGGCCACUCCAGGACCUUGAAAUGCUUCUUACGAAGCCACUCCUUCGUUGCCCGGGCGGUGUGUUUGGGAUCAUUGUCAUGCUGAAAGACCCAGCCACGUUUCAUCUUCAAUGCCCUUGCUGAUGAAAGGAGGUUUUCACUCAAAAUCUUGACCAGAUUUUUUUUAAAUCUCUUGAAUCGCCCAUAAGUUUGGUACAUAAAAGAUCAUAUGAAAUCCCAGGACAUGGUGUCUAUAAUACUGUAAUAAGCUCACAUAGCUGCUGUCACAAACUCCACACAGUAGACCAGGUGUCUCAAACCUUUUCUCGCAUGAGAGCUACUUAAAAAUAAAUACAAAAAUUGCGAGCUACUAAUCUUUCUAGCUUUCAAAUAGGCACAUUUUUCUAUUUUCCUCUCCCCUGCAACUCUUCCCCGGGUCCUUAGUGUACAAAAUAAUGUUUUCUGUCAAUAUACCUGGUAAAGUAAUGGUUAUUAUAACCUGGGUGGUUCGAGCCCUGAAUACUGAUUGGCUGAAAGCUGUGGUAUAUCAGACCGUAAACCAUGGGUAUGACAAAACAUGUAUUUUUACUGCUCUAAAUACGUUGGUAACCAGUUCAUAAUAGCAAUAAGGCACCUCGGGUUUGUGAUAUAUGGCCAAUAUACCACGGCUAAGGGCUGUGUCCUAGCACUCCCUGUUGCGUUGUGCAUAUACCACACCCCCUCGGGCCUUACUGCUUAAAUAAACAACUAAGGGGGGCCCUAGAAUCCGAUUUAAAAAUAUAUAUAUAUAUUUUUUUUCCUAAUUUAUGUUUUGUCAGUUAAAUUUUUCCUGGUUUUAGAUUUUAAAUGUUUUUUUUACUAAUUUACAAUUGUUAAUAGAGAAACAACAAAAUUGCAUGUUCUGAGUCUGUCAACGCUUAAAUCACACAGUUUUCUUCCAGACCAAAAAUAAAAAAAAGAGUAACUCCCAUUUUAUUUGAGCGUCUAGCGAGUGAGGAAUGUUGCUGCUCAUUUCAUGGCAAACUUUGCAAAUAAUAGAUACAAAUGAUAUACUUCUGCGAGUAAGCAUUUCGUUGGACGUGUAUACCAUGUGUAUCCCAUACAUAUGACUAAUAAAACUUGACUAGUUGGAUAGUAAUUUCCCACGAAGCAAACCAUUUCUCUACUUACGGCAUUCUUAAAUUCAUUUUUAUCAGGUUUUUGCUUGGUGGACCUUUUUAUUUAUUUAUUUAUUUAUUGACAUUUGUCAACUGUCUGUCAUUGUUUUGUGUUCUACUUGUUGUCCUAAAAAGAAAAUGGCAAAACACUUAAUUGUGAGGCUGCAUAUAAGGGCUGGACAUGCAGAUAAAUGAAUGAUUUUUCAGGGUUCGAUACUGCGACCAAAAUAGUUGCAUUUGCGAUCGUUUGACACAUUGUUUUUAUUGGUUGCAAGGUUGAAUUAUUAUUAUUUUAUUUAUUUUUUACCUGGUCACGUUUAGCUUUUGGUUCACAAUUUACUGUUUUAAAUAAAUCAUGAUGAUAAAAUUUACCAAAAAUAAACCAAUUUUUUUUUUUUGAGGUAACUUUCUCGUAAUAGAACAUGAUACAUUAACCCCUCAAUAACUCAACAUUUUCAAAUGGCGAGACUGACUAGCUACGAAGUGGACAAACUUUAAUAGUGUGUUUGUGUCGGGAGCAUGCUGUCUAUUUAGUAAGGCAAUGCCCACGUUUAUGUUUCUUUGAAUGGCAAAAUAAUGUGAAUGGCAAUGCAUAAUACCAUUUGGAAGCAUCUUAAAAAUUGCAUUCUUAGUGGUAAUGCAUACUUUUUUUUAAAUACAUUUGGAGGAGUUUUUUUUCUAUAGGCAGUUACAACAAUUAAAUAUAAAGUCCUGUAAUUUGACUUGCCAAUAUCUGUAUUUACCCUAUAUAGGCUACUUGCUCAGCCCGCAAAUUAAAUAUAAAAUCACCUGCUAUUGAAAUUAUACCUGCAUCAUUCGCUUCCCUGUCAGAUCUUGAGCCGGAUCAGUAUUUCUUUUCAUUCGGGCCAGUAGCUUUCAGUUGGCACUGGCCCGGUGUGCCACUGGCAAAAAUCUACCUAAAUCUCGAGCCCUGCUCUGUGCGACGCGCAUAGGGCUUACAGUAAAUUCGGAAAGUAUUCAGACCCCUUCCCUUUUCCCAAAAUGUGUUACGUUACAGCCUUAUUCUAAAAUUGAUUUAAAUAAAUAAAAAUGUCCUCAUCAAUCUACACACAAUACCCCAUAAUGACAAAGUGAAAACAGGUUGUUAGACAUUUGUGCAUAUGUAUUAAUAAAUAAAAAACUGAUGCCUUAUUUACAUAACUAUUCAGAUCCUUUACUAUGAGGCUCGAAAUUGAGCUCAGGUGCGUCCUGUUUCCAUUAAUCAUCCUUGAUGAUGUUGUAACAACUUGAUUGGAGUCCACCUGUGGUAAAUUCAAUUGAUUGGACAUGAUUUGGAAAGGCACACACCUGUCUAUAUAAGGUCCCACAGUUGACAGUGCAUGUCAGAGCAAAAACCAAGCCAUGAGGGCGAAGGAAUUGUCCAUAGAGCUCCGAGACAGGAUUGUGUCGAGGCACAGAUCUGGGGAAGGGUACCAAAAAAAUGUCUGCAGCAUUGAAGGUCCCCAAAAACACAGGGGCCUCCAUUAUUCUUAAAUGGAAGAAGUUUGGAACCACCAAGACUCUUCCUAGAGCUGGCCACCCAGCCAAACUGAGCAAUCGGGGGAGAAGGGCCUUGAUCAGGGAGGUGACCAAGAACCCGAUGGUCACUCUGACAGAGCUUCAGAGUUCCUCUGUGGAGAUGGGAGAACCUUCCAGAAGGACAACCAUCUUUGCAGCACUCCACCAAUCAGGCCUUUAUGGUAGAGUGGCCAGACGGAAGCCACCCCUCAGUAAAAGGCACAUGACAACCCACUUGGAGUUUGCCAAAAGGCACCUAAAGGACUCUCAGACCAUGAGAAACAAGAUCCUCUGGUCUGAUGAAACCAAGUUGAACUCUUUGUCCUAAAUGCCAAGCGUCACAUCUGGAGGAAACCUGGCACCAUCUCUAUGGUGAAGCAUGGUGGUGGCAGCAUCAUGCUGUGGGGAUGUUUUUCAGCGGCAGGGACUGGGAGACUAGUCAGGAUCGAGGGAAAGAUGAACGGAGCAAAGUACAGAGAUAUCCUUGACGAUAACCUGCUCGAGUGCUCAGGACCUCAGACUGGGGCGAAGGUUCACCUUCCAACAGGACAACGACCCUACGCACACAGCCAAGACGACGCAGGAGUGGCUUUGGGAGAAGUCUCAAUGUCCUUGAGUGGCCCAGCCAGAGCCCGGACUUGAACCCGAUCGAACAUCUCUGGAGAGACCUGAAAAUAGCUGUGCAGCAACGCUCCCCAUCCAACCUGACAAAGCUUGAGAGGAUCUGCAGAGAACAAUGGGAAAAACUCAUCAUACCCAAGACUCCAGGCUGUAAUCGCUGCCAAAGGUGCUUCAACAAAGUACUGAGUAAAGGGUCUGAAUACUUAUGUAAAUGUGAUAUUUCAGUUUCUUAUUUUAAUUAAUUAGCAAACAUUUCUAAACCUGUUUUUGCUUUGUCAUUUAUGGCGUAUUGUGUGUAGAUUAAGCACUCCGCAUUGACAUGAUUGGUUGACAGUAGGUGAGGGCGGGAGGUCCUGUAUAAACACAAACUGACUGACUUCACAAUAGCUCUGCACUGCUCGGCGAAGCACAAUAAGUAUGAAUGCACCCUAAAUGCUGCACGGACAAUGCGACGGAAUGACCAUGUAGCGCCUGACUCGCCUGUUUCUCUCCAUCCACUCUUCACGCAUCUAUUCCACCUUCAGUUUUUUAAAAUAUAAUUUAGCUGUGAUGGCGAGCGGGGAUGCAGACUCUGAUUCUUCUGUUAGACAUUGGAGCAGAGCUCAAAGAGAGCAAUGUUGAUACAUUGUAUAAUUUACAUUUACAUUUACAUUUAAGUCAUUUAGCAGACGCUCUUAUCCAGAGCGACUUACAGGAGCAAUUAGGGUUAAGUGCCUUGCUCAAGGGCACAUUUACGUCAUUUAGCAGACGCUCUAGUCCAGAGCGACUCACAAAUUGAUGCAUUCACCCUAUAGCCAGUGGGAUAACCACUUUACAAUUUUUGGGGGGGGGGUAGAAGGAUUACUUUAUCCUAUCCCAGGUAUUCCUUAAAGAGGUGGGGUUUCAAAUGUCUCCGGAAGGUGGUGAGCGACUCCGCUGUGUGUGGUGGGGGGGGGGGGUAGAAGGUAAUUUCAUCGCUUGUUAUUACCAAGAGCACCGAUCAGUCUGAGUGGACUUUGCAAGUUCACUGUCAUGCAGCCACUGAGUGUCAGAGAGGGAAAAUUGAGCUAAUUAUUGGUUUGAUAACGAACAACGUUCAGUCAUGUUACCUAGCUAGCUAACAACCUGGUAACUUGACACUAGGUUUAGGCAAAUUUGAUUGGCACAGGAAGAAAGGAGAAGGCUCUGCUACUCAUGAGAUGUGCUUCAAAAGGUAGGAUUCAUAUAGGCCUAAAAUCUAUUUCUUUCUGGUGUUCCUUAAAUUCUGUUUGGUGGCUAACGUUUAGAAAAGGUGCAAUGUGUGUUUGUGGGAGAGAGAAAGUCGUGUGUAUGAGCGUGAGGGAGACUGUGUGUGUCUGUUAACGGAAGAGUAAAGGUUUCAUGCAGUGUUUUCCCCUUACUGACACAAUGACAUGCAUAUCAUUUAUGCAUGUAUAUCACAGGAGGUUGGUGGUACCUUAAUUGGGGAGUAUGCGCUCGUGGUAAUGGCUGGAGCGGAAUAGGUGGAAGGGUAUCAAACACAUGGUUUCUAUGUUUGAUGCCAUUCCAUUUGCGCCAUUCCAUUUGCGCUGUUCCAACCGUUAUUAUGAGCCGUCCUCCCUUGAGCAGCCUCCACUGAUGUAUAUUUCUCCCUCCCAUUCCUCCAGCCAAAUCACAGGUAGGCCUUUGCAAAUGUUAGCAAAUCAGCCAUUCUAUACAGUAUUCUAUUAUACACUGAACAGUGUGAAGUUAAAAUCAAUGUGUUGCAUUGAGUAGAAGUGUAAAUCUUUAUUUUUUUACUGUGGUAUCGCGAUGCUACUCAAUAUCAUGAUACUUGACCUGGUAUCGUUUGUAAAAUGCUGUUAUCGUGACAAUCCUACUCAUAUCAAUCUUUGCCAAAGUUGAUGUGACUCUGUGGAUGGUGUACACAACCAGUUGGUCUGAGCGAGUAUAAUGCGGGUUGCUAAAUCUUUGGCACGCCAGAGCUAUAAUCUCAUUGGUAGGAGGAUCCAGUUGAUUAAUCCAAUUAAACUAAGGCCUGGCUAACUCUCCUGUUUGGGCAGAUCAGACACUUGGUUUCCCAAUGCUGAAUAGCUAUUAGCUACUCAGUCUCAGUCUCUGGACUGUAAGUUUGUGCAAAAUGUGAGUUAGGCCUACGUGUGUGGAUCUCAAAUUAGGAUCCAGCCCAAUAGCUCAAGUCAAAACAGCCAUGAAUGAAUGGAUAAUGUGUAAUGUCUAUCACUCAUUAAUUGGCCUCCUCCCUUCUCUUUCCCUCUCUGUCUGUCUCUAUCAGGUGCUGGGGAGUCAGGAAAGAGUACCAUUGUCAAACAGAUGAAGUAAGUUUCUCGUUAUCUAAAUAGUUUACGGAAAUGUUUACUUUAGGUGAAAUGAUCAUGUAACUUUCUAUGUAUCAAUCUAUCCAAUGUCAUUCCAUAACACAUUUGAAUAACAGGCAAUAGGCCUAGUUGUUUAUUCAUGCUUUCUUUCUCCUGCUAUCCUGCUCCUCCACUCUACUUUCCCAUUCUCCUCACUCUUUCUCCCAGGAUCAUCCAUGAGGCGGGCUAUUCAGAGGAGGAGUGUAAGCAGUACAAGGCGGUGGUGUACAGCAACACGAUCCAGUCAAUCAUCGCCAUCAUCAGAGCCAUGGGGCGCCUCAAGAUCGACUUCGCCGAAUCAGCCAGAGCGGUGAGUGGAGUAGGACACUGGGAGCUCUAGACACUGAUCCAAGAGCAGUUUUGUGCUUUUUAACUCCUUAUAGUUGAGGUUAGGUUUUGGUGAGGGCAAGCUGAUCUUAGAUCUGUGCCUGGGAGUUCAGGAGUGGUGGAGGUGGUUAGUCAAUGAGGUCAAAUGGCAGGGGAUAGGGUUUGGCUGUAAGAAGCACGGGGAGGGUUGAUGGUAGUUUUAAUGGAGAGGUGAAGAAAAGUAAUUCCCAGCGCAACCCCUAGCCCUGACCUAAAAAAUAUACAAAUUGGUGUUAUUUCAUAGAUGGAAGAUGUUGAUGGGUGGACGUAAACAAUAUAGCGCAACUUCACCCAGAAAGGUUACCAGAGGGUCUGCAAGGCAUCUUAGGUUUAAAACGAUAGGGAGGAUGUCUGAAUAAACCCUACCUUACUGCUUCUGCCUCCUAACCGUUGGUUGUGUCUCCUGUCCCCCACCAGGAUGAUGCUCGUCAGCUGUUUGUGCUGGCGGGAUCGGCAGAGGAGGGCUUCAUGACCGGUGAGCUGGCCGGAGUCAUCCAGCGCCUCUGGAAGGACAGGGGGGUCCAGGCCUGCUUCGGCCGCUCACGAGAGUACCAGCUCAACGACUCAGCCGCCUAGUGAGUAACACACACACAGUCCUGCUUCAGAGAGUACACUAACCUCCUUCACACAACUGCAACAUUCAACAAACCGUUAACACUGACCUCCCUAUCCAUCAUUCUCUCUCAGUUAUCUGAAUGACCUGGACAGGAUAGCCCACGGAGCAUACGUGCCCACCCAGCAGGACGUGCUGAGGACCAGGGUGAAGACCACCGGCAUCGUGGAGACUCAUUUCACCUUCAAAGAUCUCCACUUCAAGUGAGACAGUCUCCUGUGUACCCACUCUAAGGGUGCAUCUCAAUAGUGUGUCUGAAACAACAUCCUUUAACAGCUGUACCCACUCUAGUGCUGCUUUUCGACUAACACCAGUGUUAACACUAGUGUAUACACCCUUACGUUAUACAAGGGAAAUUGUGUUUCCAUAGCUAGGGCUGGCAGUGAGGACUUGUGAAGAGCAGCAUCAACAACCUCUGCAUAAUCAAAACAGUUGCUUUGUGAGAAGGUGUUAAAGUUCAGUUAGCCAUUGUUAUGUAAAAGAACCAGUGGCCUGGCUUUGGCCCCAAGUGAGAGCAGGUCCGCUGCCGCCGCCAUGGCCCAGUGAGACACGUGUGCCGGCCCGCGUAGAUGGAAACAGAAAAGCCUGAGCCUUUUGGGUAAAACACUGGGGUAAAUCCUGUUUGGAAAUGCGCCAUAAGGGUCUCUCAACAGGCCAAAAGGCGUCUGCAUGCUUCAGUUCGGCUGGCGGCUAGGCGAACCGAAUAAGUGUGCUCGCAAACUCCCUUAAAAACUAGAAAAAAGCAGCAUAAUGUACUGUUUGUCUAUUUUGAGAUGCUGUCAGAAUUAAUCUAAGAUAACUCGUGAAAUCUGUCAUUAAUUUUGACAUUUUUGUCAAGGAGAUCUUAGUCGCGCAAUUUUACAUCUAAGCUGAUUGGUGCAGUAUUUCUCAAUGAAAAAAUGUGCAUGAAAACGACUAGUCUCUCGUUGAAUGACAACAAAGACUUUAUUGAAGAAUCCCUACAGUUGACCAAUCACAGACAAGGGGCGUAGACUUCGGCUCCCGAACUUCUACUGGCCUCGAGAAAAAAUUCUGUGUGCCCGAACAGCCGAAAAAGUCCUUACCGAAGUCCAAAACAAACAGAAACGUCACAAAAUGUUGUCAUAAUAUUUGCACAAACUCUUCUGAACUGUUUCAGCUGGGAAGCAUGCUGAUGCCUUAAGCCAGCUGAUGACACCCUCUUGUCUACAGAGGGUUCAGUUCAGGGCUGAAGUUUACUAGCUGUAGUGUUCAUGAGGAGUGUGAUGGUUUGUGGGAGAUGGCAAAAUGUUUUAAUGUAGAGCUGUUUGAAAAUACUUUGAGUUUAGUUUUUUGUGCGUUUGCACAUGGAUACUAACAGUCAGUAUGUGUAUUUUCUCCCCAGGAUGUUUGACGUGGGGGGUCAGAGGUCUGAGAGGAAGAAGUGGAUCCACUGUUUUGAGGGAGUCACCGCCAUCAUCUUCUGUGUGGCGCUCAGUGACUACGACCUGGUGCUGGCCGAGGACGAGGAGAUGGUGAGACUCAUCCCUCUCACUCAGCCCUUGCUCAUCAGUCAUCGAUAUUGCGCUCCCACACUCCCUCUGUAAUCCUUAUACCUUGUUCAUUCUCAUCCUUUGUUCAUCCCCCUCCUCGACUCUCACUCACGCUUCAGUCAUCCUUCUCUUUCUCGUCUCAUUUACUGUCAUCCCUCAGUCAUCUUUCGUUCUUUCUCGUAUGAAACAAGUGUUCAUUUAUCCACAGAUUCCAUUUCACAUUUUCUGCCCCUAUUGCGUCAGGAAGACAACGACGUCAUCAGAACGAUAGCAACACUUGUGAAAUAUGUUAUAUGCAUUUUUAAAAACGGUUUAUUUCAAAGAACAAACUUGUAUGGUGUGGUACCCACAAACAGAUGAAUUUCCUUUCUUGGGAUAAUGUGACUAGCCUGCCUGGUCCCAGAUCUCCUUGUGCGGUCUUGCCAAUACGAUGGUCAUUCUCAUGGCAAGACCGCUCAAACAGAUCUGGGACCAGGCUAUAAUGGGACCGAUGGACAUGUGUAACUAAAAGCAUUGUGUGGUUGUCUUUUUGUCCCUCAGAACCGGAUGCAUGAGAGCAUGAAGCUGUUUGACUCCAUCUGCAACAACAAGUGGUUCACAGACACCUCCAUCAUCCUCUUCCUUAACAAGAAGGAUCUGUUCGAGGAGAAGAUCCAAAAGAGUCCUCUCACUAUCUGUUACCCGGAGUACGCAGGUAAGAGACACACACACAUCACUAUCAGCUACUCUACAAAUCAUCUUGAAUCCCACAUUUUAGUGAUACCGUGCUAAGCCUUGCUCAGGCUGAUCGCACAGCGUGUUCCAGGUCGUCUUAAUUGCAGUCGCGUUGUGAAGAUUAUCAGAUCUCACAACACCUGCAGUCAAUUCUGUUUUUCCUGUGUUUUAUAUCAUAUUGUACAACAGCUGAUGAAACUAUCACUUUAAGUGUAAAAACAUUUGUUCAGUGUUAUUUCCUGAUUUGAAUUUUCAACCAGCAACUAUCUACACAGGACCUUCUAAUCAGCAGGUUUGCAUGGGCGGAAGUUUCGGCUUUCCAUGGUGACAUCACCAUGUGCUAAAUUGUUUUAAUAGACCAAUAAGAGUUCCAAACCUCUGCCAAUAACCGCUAGUUCUAUAUCGUGGAGCUCCGCCCCAUAGGGGAGCUGUGCUCCUAUUGGUUUACCCACUGCCCUAAGGCAGCAUCAGCCUGAGACAAAAUUAUGCACACACCUGCAGCCAAUAGGAGUACAGGUGUCCCUAUAAGAGGGGAUGCCUCCCCUCAAUCAGCCUCCCUUUAUCUUCAGCGACUGGACUAGACUGGAGAAGCCAAGAAGACACAAAGAAAGACUCAGGACGAGAUACGCCGUCAAUUUCCAGUUCAUCGACGUCGUCCAUAGAAAUGAGCACACCAGGAGAUUUUCCACCCUCAAAAGCUCUUUUCAGAGCUCAAUGCAGAUGCUCCUCCAAGGCGGCUGGUGACUCCCAGGACUUAUGUUUCGUGUGUUUGGGGUCUCAGCAUGCCAGAGAGGGCGUCAUCAGUCCCUCUAACUGCGCCUCCUGCGCCCUCCUUUCUAUAAGGGAGAGGAAGCAGCGCUGGGCGUUUUUUUAGGGAGGAUAUCCCUCUAGAAGAUGUGUUGUCAAUUUUAGCCUCUGCUUCAGAGGCGUCAUCUGACGGCGCAGAUUCUGGAGAUGAUGGGGACUAUGAGGAGGAGGCAGGCAUUCCAAUGGAACAGUCUGGCCCCGUCCCUCAUACGUUCAAGCCCCCCUUUCCUUUGGUUAGUGAGAGGGCUUGCAGUUCCUAUGGUGAUGACGACACGGGUUCUGAGAAAUCAGAAGCCCUGUCCUUCGCCGCAGCUUCUCUGAGGUCGGAUUUUCCCGGUCUCAUUGAGAGAGCUGCCAGACGGCUGGAUAUAGCGCUGCCCCCUAUUCCCUCCGCACCGGAGGUUGAUUUAAUGGAGGGCGGCCCUUAUUCCAGGCCAAGGAGAGCGGCAGAGCCACUGGCUCCAGCCAUGCCUUCGUUGGCCAAGUACGUCGAGGGCUCAUGGGAGGCACCCUUAGCGGCGCGUUCGCCGGCUAAAUCGUACCUCCCAUUCACUAGAGUGGAGGGAAGGUUCCAGGGCCCAGCGAGAGGAAUCCCCAGGUUAGAGAGCGCCAUGGCGGCGUAUCUCGUACCGGGUUCGAGUCCCUGGCCCUCUUCCAAGAAGGCCACUCUGCCAUCUCAGAAGGACCGUCUCACAGCACAGCUGUUAGAGAAGUCCUUCAAUUUGGGAGCCCAGGCUGUAGCAGCAGCCAAUAACAUUGCCCUCUUGGCAGCCGCUCUGUCCCGUUUAACCACGGGUAAGACUGAGCUGGCACCAGAGGAGGUGGAGGAAGCGUCCAGAAUCUCUGGCGCCAUCCUGCACCUAACACCGGCAUCGGCCGUCUGCUCGGGGAGGUCCAUGGCCACUUCGGUGGUCGCGGAGCGACACCUCUGGUUGUCUCUGACGACCAUGAAAGAGGCAGACAGGACGUCCCUCUUUAACGCCCCCCUCUCUGACGACUGGCUCUUCGGAGUUGCCGUCAAAGAGGCGACAGAGGUUUUUGAGAUUGGACGAGGAGAACAAGCAGCUGGCCAGACACCUGCCACUGGCAGGGAGGUUAGGCCCUGCACCUCAACAAAGACCGUCCACUUCCGCCGCCCAGGGUAGACAGGGAUCUGCGGCGCAUCCGGCGGCCACAGGAGGCAGGAGAGCGGGCCCAGCCCCCCAGCAGCCACGGUGGCCCCAUUGCAGCCGGCGAGAGAAGUGGUGAGAGCGCCGACCUGGCCCCCAAAGGGAGGCCACAAGAGGAGGCGCACAUGACGGGACGCGGGGGAGCGGAUGGAGGACACGUCGGAUUCGAACGUGGCCACUGUUCCCCCCCCACCCUUCGGUUGAAGGGAUGGGUGAUGAUGAUAAUGCUUUUUGUGAUGUGUACAAUAAAGAGUUGGCUCCACCUGACUUUGUCAAAAAAGAGCCCCUUUUCCAUAAUACGUCCGAGAGCGUUCAUAUCUCACCCUCUCUUUCCUACCACUCUAAGCGCCGUUCAGCCCACCAAGGGUGCGUUGCCGAACAGGCACUCAGAGUAGGUACAAAUAACACUUCAAGUAUAAUAAGUGCUUCACAUAGCAGGCAGCAGUCUCGGUCAGACUCUGACAUGAUGACGCAGCCGCUAUUUGGGGAUGGCGCACUAUCGCAGACUAAGGUCUCUGUUAGUGCGAUUCAGACCCAUGCUGCGUUCACGGAGGGCCUGAUUACUACGGUUACGGGAAUAACCAACGUAUCGGCGCCCCCGUUUCUCACAGAACGCACUAAUGCUCACCACGCUGAGUGUAGCUCAACCCACCAGAGGUGCAGAGUUGAACACACACAGAAGGUGAAGGUUAAGAAGGUAUCAAGGCGCCGCCUUUACCUCAGAGACCUCACAUUACAGACUCCUAGGAGUAUUGUAGUGAGGGGCUCUAAUAGCGAAUUGCAGUCACAGCCAGAGUCUGGGAUGAUGACGCAAUCGCUCGCUGGGGAUGGUGCCCUGUCGCAGGCUGUGGCCUCGGUCAGUGCAGUUCAGACCCGCGCUGCGUUCACGGAGGGCAGGAAUACGACGGUUACGGGUUUAACCGAUGUCUCUGCCCCUCCUCUCUCAGAGCGCACUGAUGUUUCCUCUCCCUUUCAGGGGAGGCCCACCUUGGACUGUUCCACCACCUCAGUGUUGGAGAACAGCGGCGGCAAGGGCCAUAGAGGAAUACAGGUCCUUCCUACUGAAUGUACCACAGCUUCGCGCUCGCCCGCUUUCUCUGCAUUGCUGGCAGUGGCAGCGAAGCUGUACCCUCUCACGCUGGCUAGACCAGACGUUGCAGAAGGGUUAUGCCCUCCAAUUCCAUCGGACCCCACCCCCAUUCAGGGGAGUGGUGGAGACGGUGAUGAAAACGCCCGAAAAAUUGGCCGCUCUGGUUUCAGAGAUUACGGAACUUUUGGCGAAGGAGGCGGUCACAGUAGUUCCCCAGGAGCAAAGGAACAAAGGGCUAUAUUCGCCCUACUUCCUGGUGCCCAAAAAGACGGGGGGAACGAGGCCGAUAUUGGAUUUACGCAUUCUCAACGAGAGCGUAACCAAACGGCCCUUUCGAAUGCUAACGACAAAACGUCUGCUGGAAUGUGUCCAGAAGGGAGACUUUUGUACAAGCAUAGACCUAAAGGACGCGUACUUUCAUGUGCCGGUACAGCCGCGUCACAGGAAGUUUCCUACCUAGACGACCUACUGGUUCUCGCCCCGUCAGCAGAGCUGGCGAUCACUCACGCAACACAGACAGUGAUUCAUCUCACACGUCUGGGGUUCGCUGUGAAUUGGAAAAAGAGCGCGCCCUGGCCCAGUCAUCAGAUUGUCUACCUGGGGAUACAGCUAGACACUGUAAUGAUGAGGGCUCGAAUUUCGGACCCUCGAAGGGUAGCCUUGUUGCUAGCCCUGAGGAAGUGUCGUCCGAAUCACACGGUGACGGCGCUGUCGAUCAUGUCACUCUUGGGUCUCAUGUCGUCAGCCCACUCUGUGGUUCCGCAGAUCUGAACUAUUGGAGAAACCCGCGCGUUCUCACGCACGGAGUCCCGAUAGGCAAAGUGUCCUCUUACAUUCCAGUGUUCACAGAUGCCUCUCUGACUGGAUGGGGAGGGACAUGUCAGACCCAAGCGAUAGGAGGUGUGUGGCCUCUUUCGAGUCGCCACAUCAACCUCUUAGAGUUGGAAACGGUUCGACUGGUUCUGACCCACUUCGCGUCUACCCUUCGGGGUCGCGAUGUGCUGGUCUGGUCAGACAACCGGACCACAGUAGCCCACAUAAAUCGCCAGGGAGGAGUCGGGUCUCCUGCUCUCCAUCGGGCGGCAGAGGAAUUGUGGCUGUGGGCUCACGAGCACCUUCGCUCAUUGAGAGCAGCACACAUUCCGGGCUACUUGAACGCAGGGGCAGACCUCGUGUCGCGAGGGGGUCCUCGAGACGACGAGUGGUGUCUGCACCCGGACAUUGUUCAAAAAUUUGGGAACAAUUCGGAAGAGCCGAGGUGGAACGCGCAAUGUCCCCUAUGGUUCUCUCUGAGGGAACAGGACGAACCGCCACUGGGAAGAGACGCCAUUGCGCACCACCCGUGGCCGAGAGUUCUUCUGUAUGCAUUCCCUCCGCUGUCCUGCAUUCUCCCACUGUUAGCCAGGGUGAGGUCAGGAGGGCUGUCAGUGAUAUUGAUAGCCCCCGAUCGCCCAGGGGCUCCUUGGUUUGCGGAGAUGAGUCAGAUGUUGAUUGCGCCACCUUGGCCAAUUCCACAUCGACGGGACGCAUUGUCUCAGGCGGGGGGCUCGAUAGGGCAGUUGCCCAUAAUUUGCCAACCACUGAAGGCUUUGCUGCUGAGAGGGACAGGCUAGAGCGCCGUGGGUUAUCUGAUGCAGUGAUCAGAACCAUACAGGGUGCACGUGCCAGUUCCACUUCUAGGAUGUAUGCCAGGAGAUGGAAUGUGUUUUCACGAUGGUGUGUCACACAAGGUGUAGACCCCAUGAGCUGUCAGGUUGAGAGUGUUCUCUCUUUCCUACAGCUUAUGUUUGAUAAGCAGCGAUCGCCCGCCACCAUUAAGGUGUUUGCAGCGGCGAUUUCAGCUUGUGGCGAGGGGUAUGGCAGAGACAAUGUCUUCAGCCACCCUCUAGUGAAACGUUUCUUAUUGGGAACGCGGCGGCUUAGGCCAACGCCUAGAGCCACGCUUCCUCAGUGGGAUUUGGCUUUGGUACUCGAAGCGCUAUGUAAGUCGCCGUUCGAGCCAUUGAAUCAAAUACCCCUCAAGAUGCUGUCUAUGAAGACGGCACUGUUGCUCGCUUUGACUACUGCUAAGCGUGUCAGUGAUUUGUGUGCUCUUUCGACGAGACCCGACUGCCUGGCCAUUAAUGGUGAUCUGAGCAGAGCGGUGUUACGUCCUAACCCGGCAUUUGUGCCGAAGGUUAUUAAGAGCUCAUAUAGAUCACAGACCGUGGAGCUGUGGGCUUUCUCUCCCCCUCCUCAGAGGGAGAGGAGUGAGGAAAGGCUCCAUCGCCUGUGCCCAGUGCACGCUUUGGCGUGUUACGUUGAGCGCACAGCAGCGAUUAGGUCAUCGCCUCAGCUGUUUGUGUGUCACGGUGCGGCUGCACUAGGUAGACCACUUUCGAAACAGCGUCUGUCUCAUUGGCUUUGUGAGGGCAUUGAGACAGCUUAUGAGGCAGCGGGGCGACAAUUGCCUCAGGGUAUCAGAGCUCACUCCACUCGUGGAGUAGCAGCUUCUACUGCCCUUCUCAGAGGAACAGGGGUAGAGGAUAUAUGUAGAGCGGCGUCAUGGUCAACACAGUCUCCAUUUAUCCGUUUCUAUCUCUUGGAUAUGUCUUCUAACUCUUUGGCUCAGUCUGUACUCAGCGUAGCUGAAGGGAGAACUUGAGCUAGGAGGGAGGAAUGCAGGACUGUGGAGACAGGUCUCCUUCAGGUCCGCUUCUGAUAGAAGGACAUCAUGUUUGACAUGACUCCUGACUGACAGGUUCAGUACAGUAGAGGGCAUGUAUUGAUCUGCCCACCAGUGAUUCACUGGGUUGAGGCGGAAUGAUGAGGGAUAAUAGUAGUAACCUGGGUUACGAUACUAUUAGACCGGUCAUGACAAUUUGACGGAAUGUGACGUCAUCUAUCUGCUUGUUCAGAUUAGUAUAAAUCAUGUUCUGGGAUCUGCCCACUAAUCUCUGGGAUUCCAUUGAUUGAGUAAGGCGGCCUACCGUAUACACAAUGUAGAGUGACACUUUGUGUCAUUCCAUUAGUGGUCGGUAUGAUUGUGACAGGAUAUUAGGGUACCAUCUAUCUGCUAGUACAGAUUAGUAUGGCCUGUAUUCUGGUGAUCUGCCCACUAGUCAUUGGUGUUGCCAUUGGACUAGGUGGGGCGGGUUUUUAACCGAUGACGCAGUAUAUUGUGACACUUGUAUGGUUGCAGUACUGCGGGAAUUGGUUGCAGCCAUUGCUAGGCCUGACCUUUUCAUUUGGAUGGGAAGUGUUGGGCUCUACGCUCCACCUUAAACCAAUAGGAGCAGAGCUCCCCUAUGGGGCGGAGCUCCACAAGAUAGAACGAUUAGUUACCGGAGUGUAACUCCAGUUCUAUGAGUGGAGCGGAGCCCCAUAGGACUUAAGGCCCUGCCGACCCCCUCUAGUCUCGCUGAAGAUAAAUAUCUUGGGAGGCUGAUUGAGGGGAGGCAUCCCCUCUUAUAGGGACACCUGUACUCCUAUUGGCUGCAGGUGUGUGCAUAAUUUUGUCUCAGGCUGAUGCUGCCUUAGGGCAGUGGGUAAACCAAUAGGAGCAGAGCUCCCCUAUGGGGCUCCGCUCCACUCAUAGAACUGGAGUUACACUCCGGCAACUAAUCGUUUUCAGUUUUCCACUCAGACCACUUCCAGACAGUCCUACAAAAUUGAGAAAUAUUUUGCUAACAAGCUAUUUUGCCCUUAAAAAAAAAAUGGAAAUCUAUUACAGUAAGGUACUUCAUUGUUACCCAGAAAUGAUUUGAAAUGGAUAUAACGGCUGCAUAGGGCCUUUAACAUCUCAGGAACUCACAAUGGUGAAGGUAAAACAGACACCGUCAUCCCUAAAAUACCUAAACUAACUUAUGGGAAUGUCUCUUUCUCCCUCUCUCUCUCGGUCUCUGUCUCACUUCCUCCUUGCCCCAACUUUCCAAGGCUCCAACACGUACGAGGAGGCUGCAGCCUACAUCCAGUGUCAGUUUGAGGACCUGAACAAGAGGAAGGACACCAAGGAGAUCUACACCCACUUCACCUGCGCCACCGACACCAAGAACGUGCAGUUUGUCUUCGACGCAGUCACCGACGUCAUCAUCAAGAACAACCUGAAGGACUGUGGCCUCUUCUAG